UCAGAACAUUCAAAACGCUUCAUAGUUGAUAGUCUUGUAUUUCUUGUCACUCCGCUUUUGUGAUUUCCUCGUUACUGACUACAACUCAUUACUUUGUCCCCAUCCGAGUGCAUCGAUAUUAGCUCGUGCCCUGUCUUGCUAUGGAACCAGUGGUAGUGAAAACGACUGCGUAUGAAGGCCAAAAGCCAGGAACCAGUGGUUUGCGCAAGGCUGUCAAAGUAUUUCAGCAGCCAAACUACACGGAAAACUUCGUGCAGGCUGUGCUAGGCGCCGUCCAGCCAUCGGCCGCGGGAAGCACCUUGGUGGUCGGUGGUGACGGCCGGUUCUUCUGCGCUGAAGCUGUGGACGUGAUUAUUAAAAUUGCCGCUGCCAACGGGGUAAAGAAAUUAAUUAUUGGGCAUAAAGGAAUUUUAUCAACUCCAGCUGUGUCCUGCAUUAUUCGAAAAUAUAAAGCAACCGGUGGCAUAGUACUUACAGCUAGUCAUAACCCAGGAGGUCCUAACAAUGAUUUCGGUAUUAAGUACAACACAGCCAAUGGAGGUCCUGCUCCAGAAUCUGUUACAAAUGCCAUCUACGAGUUGACUAAAAAUAUCACUUCUUAUAGUAUUGUACCAGAUUUGAAAUGUUCUAUAGAAUAUUGUGGCUUACAAUAUUUCAAAGUUAGCGGUAAAGAAUUUGAAGUAGAAGUCAUUGACUCUGUUGUGGAUUAUCUUCAGUUGAUGAAAAGUAUUUUUGAUUUUGAUGUUAUUCGCAAGUUAAUUCAAGGAUCCAAUAAUAAAGCACCUUUUAAUAUUCUUAUUGAUUCAAUGAAUGGAGUCACUGGACCUUAUGUAAAGAAGAUUUUUAUUGAAGAAUUAUGUGCACCAUCUAAUAGUGCUAUCAAUGUGGUACCUUUAACCGACUUUGGCGGAAUUCAUCCGGACCCUAAUCUUACUUAUGCUUUUGGCCUUGUAAAAGCAUUACAAGAAGGAGAAUAUGAUCUCGGUGCAGCUUUUGAUGGAGAUGGUGAUCGUAAUAUGAUUCUUGGUAAAAAAGCAUUUUUCAUCAACCCAAGUGAUUCAUUAGCUGUUUUAGCAAACAAUCUAGAAUGUAUCCCUUAUUUUAAACUGAAUGGUGUCAGAGGUUUCGCCAGAAGUAUGCCUACAGGCGCAGCUGUGGAUAGGGUAGCAGCAAAGCAAGGAAAAGAACUUUUUGAAGUACCCACAGGUUGGAAAUUUUUUGGAAAUUUGAUGGAUGCAGGUCGUUUGUCGCUCUGUGGUGAAGAAAGUUUUGGAACUGGUUCUGAUCAUAUUCGUGAAAAAGAUGGAAUAUGGGCUGUCUUGGCAUGGUUAUCAGUGCUAGCCAAUACUGGAGAGUCUGUAGAAACUAUACUUACUAAUCAUUGGAAAACUUUUGGACGUAAUUACUUCACUAGAUAUGACUAUGAAAAUUGUGAAUCUGAACCAUCUAACCAACUUAUGUCAGAUUUGGAAAAAAAAGUGACUGAUCCUGCAAUUAAGGGUCAGAAAUUUAUCUAUGGUUCAAAGGUUUAUGUAUUCAAACAAGCUGAUAAUUUUGAAUAUUGUGAUCCAAUUGAUAAGAGUGUCACUAAAAAACAGGGUAUAAGAGUGUUAUUUGAAGAUGGAUCCAGGUUUGUGUUUCGAUUAAGUGGUACUGGCAGCAGUGGUGCUACUAUUCGUUUAUAUGCUGAAUCAUAUGAACCACCAACCUCAAAUAUUUUAGAAGAUGCUCAAGUGGCUCUUAAUCCUCUUAUUCAAAUAGCAUUGGAGAUUUCUAAAUUGGUACAAUUUACUGGACGUACUUCUCCAACUGUGAUUACGUAAGGAUCCUGAGUUUUUUUAUUCAAAAUUUAGUUUUUUCAAAAUUGUUUUUGUUAAAAUUCUGUGAUUUUUAGCAUAUUAAAAAAAUGUAUUAGUCAAUGUUUAAUAUAGUAGUUAUCUGUUAAAUAAAUAUAAUUAAAGUAAUUUAUAUUUUAACAAAUUGAAUAGUAAAUACUUAAUAUAAAAAUACAUUAAAUUUAUUCUAAGGUAUUUAUAUAUUAUAUAAUUUAUAAAAUAAUUUAUUUAAAAAAAUAUUAUACAAAUUUAAGUGUAUUAUUGUUAAAAAGAAUGCUAAUUUUGAUCAAUAAAAGUUUUAAAAUCCUUCUCCUUGCCCAAUAUAUAUUUUUUAAACUGUUAAACUCAUAAUUUUAUAGUGUUGUUUUUUUAUGUUAAGUCUUGUAUGAUUUUUAUUGUAUUUUGUUAUUAGUUUUUUGUAUAACAAAUCUUUGAACCAAGUUCAGUAUAAAAAACUUGAAUCAUCAAUAAUUCAUCAUAUCUAACCCUUUUAUAAUUACCGCAUCAUGUAAAUUAUUUGGGUAUUUUAUUUUGUUUUUACAAUAUUUGAAUACAGUUAUAAUUAUGUACAUUUGUGUUGUGAACUAAUCUUUAAGGAUUUUUUUAAAUCAGUUAUUAAUUUGUAAGUAUAAUCUUACUCUCAGACUUAAAAAUAUUAGGUGGGGUUACCUUUGAAAGUUUUUGUUGAUGUUGUUUUUGAUCCGUAAAGGGUAAUUAAAACUCUUUAACCAGUUGAUACUGCCAAUAGCUUGUGGAGUCUAAUUUGCCCGAUGGGAUUUUAAAUGUUGACUCGAUUAAUGUUAUAAAUUAUUAUUAUUAAUAUUAUUCUAAUAUAAAAAAUUUAAAUAUGUUUUAGUUGUAUAUUGUAUGUGGCAUAUUUUAAAAUUAUAAUAUGCUAUGUACUUUAUAGAUUAAAUAAUCCUAAUAGUAUAAAUGUGAUGUUAUAUAAUAUAUAACCAUAUAGAUUAGAUAAAUAGAUUUGUGUUACUGUUUACUUAAAAGGAUGUAAGUAUACUAUUUGUUAUCCAUUACAAAGUCCAUUUAUCCAUUAUAUCCUUAACAAAGUAAAUUUGCGUUUAGUAUUGUAUUGUUAGCUUUAAUAUUUAUAUGUACCUAUUAAGUUAAACUUGUAUUUGUACAUUGGUUUUUUUUUUUUGCAAUAUUUCAAUUUUUAUACAAAUUAUGAUUUAUUUAAAUAGAUAAUUUGAUUAAGUUUAAACUUGAUAUUAGAACAAUUUACACAAGUAUUAAAGUUAAGUACACAAGAUUAGUUCUGCUAAACACAAAUUUGCUAGUUUGAUGGAUCAGACAGAAUACUAGUAGUAUGCUAACAUCCUCUUAACUUUUUUUGAAUAAACACUAUACUAUGUCUGUGACAUUUAAUCAAUUGUUUUUGUUAAUAAUUUGUUUUAUUAAUAAUAUACCUACAUUUAUGUUAAUGUGUGUUUUGAAUUGUUGAAUAACAAUUAAUUUUAGUCUAGAUUUUUAAUUGAAAUUUUAAAAUAGAUUUCAGUUAAUUACUUACUUAAGACAUUUUAUUUAAAACAAAAAAAAAAAAAAAUAAUAAUAAUAAAAUGUAUUUGUAUGACAAAAAAUUAAUAUAUCUGUAUGAGUGAUAAUGAUGUGUAACUAUUGUUAUUAAUAUUAUAUUAAAAUUGACACUCACAUGUAAAACAUAAUUUUUUCUUUGUGUUUUUAUUUCAUUGUAAAUGUUUUACAAGAACUUUGAUCAUUUUUUAUGUAUAUUUUGAAAUUGUUUUAAAUGAUUAAUAUUAUAAACUAUAAAAUUAUACUUCAUAUUAUAUAGUUACUGAAAAAAAUCAUAAAUAGAUGCUUAUUUUGUGUAUCUUUUGAUUAUCACGGUUUCUUUUCAUGUAUAUUAACUAAUAAAAUAUCUAAAUAAGAUAAAAUAUUAAAAAUAAAAAUAAUCUGUAACUACAUUUUUAGUACAUUUAAAUAUCCUAUUUAAUAUAUAUAUACAUAUGAAUUAAUAAUAAAUUCUCAUUUUUACUUCUUAAUAAUCAUUAAUUACUACUUACCUAUUAGAUACCUAGUUAUUUUGUACUUAUAAUACAUUAUUAUUUGUAUUAUUCAUUAAGUUGUUACAUAAUACAAUAGUCUCAUUGAUAUAAUAACUUCAAAUAAAUAAUUAAAGAUAGAAAUUUAAGAGAAAAUAACUGUAUUUAUGUCUUAAGUUUUGUAUUUUAAUAUUAUUUGUCGUGGGCUUGAUGUAAUAUUCACCCAAUUAUUUUGUGGUUUUUGUAAUACUUAACACAUCAUAAAUGUACUUGAUAAAUAUAAUUGUUUUUAAUUAUUGCUAGCUUACUACUUAAUAUAAAAAAAAAAACAAAUAAGAUGUUCCAAUUUUUUAAUAUAUGCAUAAAUGGUUC